UCGGCCUGAGGUUCGCCAGUAAAUCUGCCACAUCUGAAAAUGUCAUGUGCUCCGGGAGUAACGCUAUAUUACAGACUCAUGAUAUGGGGGCUAUUUAAAACGAGUUUGUCGUCCCUCGCGGCAGUUGAGGAAGGAAGAGUGUGAAGGAUGACGGUUCGCUUAAACCCUAAAGAAGUUGGCUGGUGGUGAUGGGAACCAGGCGUCCUUAGUUAUAACAUCUGUGAUGGCAAAGCGGAUUGCAGAGAAGGAGCUGACAGACAGGAACUGGGAUCAGGAAGAUGAAGGAGAAGAAGCAGGGACAUUUUCAGUUGCGAGUGAGGAUGUGAUGAAAAACCGAGCCAUCAAGAAAGCCAAGCGUCGAAAUCUUGGCGCUGAGGGAGAGAGUGCAGGAGCAUUUAAAGCCUUCAAGGGUUUCUCUCUGGCCUCGUCAGCUGGAGGAGCUGGAGGAGCCUUCACAGGCUUUGGAAAUGGGGCUGGCUUUAAACCCCUCACUGGUCUGACCAAUGGCAGCACAUCAUCUGUCGCCCCAUCUUUCGGAGGCUUCAACUCCCCUGCCACUUCCAAGGCCAAUCCUGGCUCCUUGUCAUUCAACGGCCCCGCCUCCUCCAAGCCUGCAGACACUGGUGACAUCACGUCCAAUGGCUCCACCCCCAGCUUGGCCGUGAGCUCUGGCGGCGGCAGUGGCAGUAGCAGUAAUAGCAGCAGUAAGGAAUACAACCGGCAGCUCACAGCUCUCAACUGCUCUGUGCGUGACUGGAUCACCAAGCAUGUCAACGACAACCCUCUGUGCGACCUCAACCCCAUCUUUCGUGACUAUGAGCGUCACCUGGCCAGCAUCGAGAAGAAAUAUGGCAGCUGUUCGGCCGCUGCAGACACUGGGGCCAAGCAGGAAGCGGCAGGGGAGGUGCAGAAAGGGCUCCAGGCAAGCAGCAGCGCCACAGCCACUCUGUCCUUCUCUUCCAGCAGCAGUAGCAGCAGCAGCUUAACACCAGCUGCGGCCAGCGUCAGCACAGCUCCUGCUUUAUUCUCCUUCACCAAGGACAAGGACAGCGCUGCCCCAGAGAAAAGCUCUGCUCCUGCCUCAGCACCGGCUCCAGCUCCAACAGGGGUUACCUUUAACUUUGGCCAGAAGCUUGACAGCUCUGUGCUGGGCUCUCUUGCUUCGGGAGGUGCAUCCGGCUUUUCAUUUUCCUCCUCUUCCUCCUCCUCUUCCACGUCCCUGUUCGGAGGUGCGGCAAGCACUGGCUCUUCCACAGCCACCUUCUCCUUCACUGCAGCCAAGACAGAGGCAGCAAGCAACAGCCAGACUGCAGAUGAGAAUGGAGCAGAUGAAGAAUCGGAUGAGCCUCCGGUACCUGUGGUUAAAGAGAUCAAGGAAAAAGAUGCCUUUUACUCUAAAAAGUGCAAGUUGUUCUACAAAAAGGAAAGCGAGUUCAAAGAGAAAGGCGUUGGUACACUGCAUUUGAAAAUGGUUUCAGAGGGCAAACUGCAGCUUCUGGUUCGGGCAGACACCAACCUGGGUAACAUUCUGCUGAACAUCAUGGUCCCUUCCUCCAUGCCCUGCUCUCGAACAGGGAAAAACAAUGUAAUGGUGGUCUGUGUGCCAAAUCCCCCUGUGGAUGACAAGAACCCCUCCACUCCUGUUCCAAUGCUCAUCCGUGUCAAAACGGCGGAGGACGCUGAUGAACUGCACAAAAUUCUGCAGGAGAAAAAAGCGUGAGCCAUCACCCCCCCCACCCUUUUACAGACUCUUUCCAGCUCAGAUUUUAAGACACCCCCCUCCUCCACGUAUGUCAUGUAUUGCCUGAAUGUGGUUUGCACGGCUGUAUGUGACGAUCACCCUGGUUGUGUCAUCAUACACGCACUGGACUCAUGCUUAUUGUAGUCCAUUUGAACUUGAACAGUUUUUACAUGCAUGCCAGCGCACAUCCUUCAUGAGCAGUGGCAACAAAUCGGUUCAUGUACUGUGAAAUCCCGGCCGCGGUCCUACUUUCAUGCUUUUGCAAGUAUCAGUUGCGUAAAUGCUGGUUUAACUAUUUCAAAAUCAAACCGAGUCAGGACAACGGUAACACGCUUAAGAGUGAAGAUACAGGCUAUAAAAAGCCCGGUUCUUGAACAUUCCGUCGAGUUUUAAUUUUUGCUGCUAUUUAACAGACAAGUGAAGCAGAGCAUAUGUUUUCGUUGUUUUUUUUUAAACUUGGAUAAAAUUGAGGAGCUGUUUUUAUUCAGCUAUGAAUGUGUGAGGAUUAAAUAAAUUAGUUUGAGUAUGAAUUGAAGUUCAGCUUGAUUGAUUUGUACUUACGCCUUUCUCGUAAAAAGGAAAGUUAACUUUUGAGGCGAUUCAGACGUCUUCAGAUUUGGAAAGCAUUUUGAAUUGCUUAAUGACCCUCUAAAAGAGGAUAAACUUGCAUAGGAAAAUUAUAAACUGUAAAGAAACUUUUGAAAGUUUGUUUCUCCAGGUAUUUGAUUGGAGGAACUGCAGAAUACUAGAUUUUGAUCUUUGGACUUCUUUGAGAUGUAAUACAGUUUUUUUUUUUUUUU